AUGGCUGGAUUUGAUAAUAAUGUCAACGAUAUUGGAUUGAUAAAAACUAUUGGUAUUGUUGUUGCAACAAGUAGUAUAAGAACAAAAGCUUCAUAUAUUGCUAUACAAUGUCGAAAUAUUGUUUCAAAUAUUAAAGUUAAACCUGGUUUAGAAGGUUAUGCAAUACGAAGAAAAUGUAAUAGUAUAACUCAACCAGGUCAACUAUCAUGUCCAAUUGAUCCAUAUUUUAUUAUGCCUGAUAAAUGUCAAUAUUUAUUUAAUCUUAUUGAUCGUGUAAUGCCAGGUAAUAAAAUUAUACUUGUUGGUAUUUAUUGUAUUAAACGAAAUAUUCCAAUGAAUAAAAUACAAGGGAAGGAUAAAUUAAAUAUUGGUAUACGUCAACCAUACAUACGUGUACUUGGUAUUCGUAUUGAUACAAAUGGUAUUGGACGUUCAUCAACUCAAACAUUAACAUCAAAUGAAGAAGAAGAAGAGGAAUUUAUACGUUUUUUACAUACAUCGAAUAUUUAUGAAAUUAUUUCAAAUAGUAUUGCACCAUCAAUUUAUGAUGUAAAUGAUAUAAAAAAAUCUAUUGCUUGUUUACUUUUUGAUGGUUCAAGAAAACGUUUACCCGAUGGUUUAAUUCGUCGUGGUGAUAUUAAUGUUUUACUUAUUGGUGAUCCUGGUACUGCUAAAUCACAAUUAUUAAAAUUUAUUAACAAAGUUGCACCUAUUGGAGUUUAUACAAGUGGUAAAGAUAAUAGUGCAGGUGGUCUUACGGCAAGUGUUAUUCGAGAUCUAAAUUCGAAAAAUUUUGUUAUUGAAGGACAUGUCGGACUACAUAAAUGUAGACCACGUUUAUCAGAAAAUGCUUCUGAAAAAUUACGAAAUCAAUAUGUUCUUAUGCGUAAUGGUAUAAAUAUUUAUGAACAUGAAAUUGGCAAAAAAACAACUAUUCCAAUUACAGUUCGACAACUUGAAGCAAUAAUAGAACACGGUUUCUAUGGUGAAAAAAAUGACUAA